GGAAGGAACAGGCCCAAUGGGGUUCCUCGCUCUGGCGGGUAGAGUCAACAGAAGUCUGAAACAGAGGAGGCAUCACAAUGUUUCCUUAUCUGUUUCGUUGUGCAUUCUUCUUUACGAUGCGGGAAACCAACUAACAAAGUAAAGAUAAAAGUGCACACCAUAAAUCAAGCGAGUCAUGGCGUUAACCAGCGAUUUGGAGUCGCCGGAGCCUGAACCACCACAGACCGAUGACGGCUUUGUGUGGGAUGUAAAUACCCAGCUCUACUACCAUUCCAACACUGGGUUUUAUUAUGACCCUCAAGCGGAAUGGUAUUACAGCAGUAGAGACGGCCAUUAUUACAAAUUUGAAAACGGGAACUAUAUUUUGAUUCAUUCUGAUCAGGUUGAUGUGUCUCAGAGGGGUACUUCUGAUUCUACUGGUCCUAAUGUUGCUUUCCAAAAUGAACAGUAUACAUGUCCUCAUUAUCCCAAUGAAGAGUCUUCAUCUUUGGUUGAAUUCUAUGAUGAAACAGCAGGAACUAAUUCUGUUAAAAAUUCUGAGGACCAUAAAGGUGGUAUUGAAAAUGAGUUGCCAGAAAAUCCACCACCAUCUGAGUGGUAUGUACUUAAACGCCAUUCUUACCUUAAUGCCUUAAUUUUGGGUAUGACAGGUUUGUUUUAUAAUCUUACCAUUUUACCAAGCAUGGAUUUUAAUAUUAGGCUUGAAGACACUCUGAUUGAUCUGUAUCUUUCCAAUUAUCCAAAUCAAUCUACACAUGCUAUUUCUGACACAACAGUGCCUGAGGACAAUAAUGGCUUAUUAGAUGGUUUGAAUGUAUCUGCAGCUGAUGCAGGGAGUGAUGAUAUGAAUGAACUUGAGGAAGGUGAAUGGGUUCCAGAUGACCAUCUAUUGUCUUCAUGUUCAAAUGAAAAUGCAUUGGAUGAAGGUACUUCUUUAGAGGAAGAAAACUGGCAAGCUCAGUAUGGUCAAGUUACUCGACCAGAUGAAGAUUCAUUGUUAUCCGAUAUACAUGUGAUCAAUUUGUGGGAUUGGUCGCUGGUAAAAAGGAGAAGGAAAGAAAAGAAACACAAGGUGGCGGUACUUGUUGGACGGUUAGCAAAACGCUCCAUUAAGUUGCAUCCAUCAAUGCCUUCCAGCGGUGGGCUUCUCAGAACUGCUCCUAUUUGUGAAGUUCAUCUUGAUCUGGUACGAGUCAAAUCAGGCAAUAUUUAUAGGCUGCGGAAUCCCAGCUCGCAAUACUUGGCUUCUUUGUCUAACUAUGAUUCCUCAAACCCAACAAAAGACUGGUGCUUUCCUCAAAUUUUAAUGGACAGGCUAGUCAGAACAGAUACUACAUCUAGUCAGGGAUGUGACUCAAAAGCUCCUGCUGGUGUUGUUGGUCAGAAGGAUAUUAGUUUGUCAUCUGAGCAGAUCAGUGCGUUUAAUAAGAGCAGAGGUCAUGUUUAUAGAGAUAGAGCUGCAGAGAGACGGGCAUUACAUAAUGGGAUCGGUGUAGGUCCAGGGCAAAAGAGCUCAUUUGAUUCAGGUCCAAACACUUCCACAUCAGUUUCUCCAGAGGAAGCAAUGGCUGAAUCCCUGAAUGCAUCAUUUGGAACUGGCAGUUAUGCCAGAAGAGUUCUCGAAAGCAUGGGCUGGAAAGAGGGAGAGGCACUUGGUAGCAGCAACAAGGGUUUGAUUGAACCAUUGCAAGCAAAAGGAAAUAUGGGAAAUGCUGGACUGGGAUGGGAUCAUAGAGGAAGACGCUCUUCAUAAGUGCUUCUUCGGUUACCACAUUUAUGUUGAUCGGCCUAUUUAGUUGGAAAUCUCCUAAAUAUCAACUAAUUUAAUUGAGCCAGCUCAUCAAACACUAGUUUAUUUGAAUGAAAUGAAGAAAACAAACUUAUCAUUUCUGAAUUAAUAAUAGUAAUACAUGCUCAAGAUAAUGACAUGUGUUGAAAUAGUUGAAUCAUCUGCAUACAGUAAGCAAAUUCAGUUCAAUUAUCGUC